GUCAUGAUUUUUGUACAUAGAUAGACAUAUUACCAAAACUUUAAAUUCAUUCAUAUAGGAUAGACAAAAUGAAACGUCAAAGAAUUGUUCUACUUGCAUUUGUUCUGUAUUUAUUUAUUUUGGUUAUGAAUAAACGUUACGAAUUCAGGCUAUUCAUAAUUAGAAGUAGCUUCAAAAAAAGGAAUGAUUAUACUACCAACCAGCGUUGUUAUUCCUCGGAUCUGGCAAAAAACAAACAGGGAAAUAAAUUCGGAAAGAUAUUGAAUAAGGCAUUUUAUACGGUACACCCGAGGGUUAUUCUACAAUACGGUCGUCCUAGGACCGCAUCCACGCUGCAGUUUCAAAUUUUAUGCAUACUAGUAGCCAUACUUCAUGAACAUGAAAAUAACACAGUUGGGUGUUAUUUUGAACCUAAACUCAAAAAGCUACAUUUGGACCGAUAUACAGUUAUAAAAACUCAUUCUUUAGACUUGUAUAGGUUACCUUCUGAUUCCUGGAUAUUUAUGACUUCAAGAAAUAAUCAACACAAACACGAUUUAAAGAGGAUUCAUAAUCUCAAUUUAACAGUGCCUUUUAUUGCCGAUUUGUCUAUGACAAAGAUAUUAGGUCAUUCAAUAGUUUAUAAAUACCAGUCAAUAUUUAGAAUAUCAGACGAACAAAUGAAUCAUGUUGCUGAAUAUUUUAGAUACUGGGAUAUACUUCGGUUGUGCUGUGGAACACAGAUGUCCAAAAACUGGCGAACGUAUCUUAUAAAUAAAACGCAGGAUGCUUACAUACAGUCCCAAUGUAAAAAUUAUAACAUAAGUGAAAUAGAAACUCUUGUUAUGAAAACACACAUAUUUAAGACUUUUACCCAUGAUGAAUCAAUCCACGAUGUAAUCGGAAAACCUUCACAGGUAGACGGUGAUUUAAACGGGAGUUAUUGUCAACGUUGUAAUGAAAGAAUCUCUAAAAGAAGAAUGCCUCGGUUUGAUGAGUCAUGUGUAUAAAAAUAAAGCAGUGGACGUUUCGCGGAUGCUACUAUAUUGUUACUUACAUCACGCGAAUCUAAACAUGUGUUUCAAUAUGUAGUAAACAUUUCCAGAUACUGACUAAAAGAAAAUGAGCACACUUAUUUAGAUGUUGAAAGGAUUUACAAGGAUGCGAUAUUUUCAUGUGAUUCUAGAUAGGUACGUCAUAGUUUGGAAAAUGUGUAUUCGAAUCUGUGUAAAGAGCUUUUGGGAGCAUAGAAAAUGAUAGAAAUAAACGACAAUAACACUACAGUUUCUGAAAAGUCAUUCUGAUUAUUGAAAUGUCACGUGUUGUAUUGUACCAGACACUACUGUGAAUUUACCAAAUUUCCUCAGGUAAAUUAUGCAUAUAUUAAUGUACAUGUUAAUGUUUUGCAUGUUUUCCAGUAUUUAUUUGUUUAAAAUUUCGAAAAAAAGCAAGCACACAGCCCCAGAGCCGCGCAUUUACAUAGUAGGCCCACAACAAAAAAGAAGCUGUAAUGUAAAGUUUCAAUAUAAAGUUAUUUUGAUUUUCAGAAUUGACAGACCAUAUGUUUGCAAAAGACUAAUAACUUUUGCCUUGUUUGUUUUGAACCUUACACUCUGUUUGUUGUAAUUGUAUCAUUAAGAAUAUUCUUGGAAUAAUGUUUCAUUUAUGUCUGACAAUAAAAGUUCAUCUAGUUCUGCAGUAAGAACACUAAAAUUAAAAUCACCACAUCAAGUAGUGUCAAAUUCAUGCAGAUUCUCCAUGAUAAUAUUUUCAUUUUCGAGGCUCAGUAGUCUUAUUGAUAUAGAUAGGUGAUCCAAUUGGUGGAAACAUAUAUACACACAUUUAAGGGUUUCUUCUCGAACUCUGUUACUUGUUGGUGUUUUUCUUAUAUAGCACCAUUCUGAAAAUCUAGGCUAACUUUUUUAACAUAUUUGACCAUAUAGUCUCUGAUCAAAACCAUUACACCACCUAUAUUCUGACCACCUUUUUUAGAUUUUUUGGCUGGACAUAUGAUUGCUUUGAAUUCAUUAAAAUACGAAAUCACUCUCUGAACAUCAGUUUCCCACGUUUCAAAAAAGAAAAACAAGUCCUUUACAUUCCACUCUAGAAAGAACAUUUUUUUAUUAUUUGUAGUAGGUAUAAGGCCUUGACCUAGUUUCUAGUUAUCGAUGCAUGUUUAUUCAUGUUUAUGGUUUGUAUACUCAAUUACAGAGAUUGUUGUUUCAGGGCCACUUUUGGAUUUAUUUUGCGCACGCCCCGUUUUCAAUGCAUCAUGAGUGUCAGUUUCCUCUGUUAUUAUUUGUAGUCGUCCACCUUUGAAUUAGGCGUUUUGGCGUAUGGUCUCACUGAUUUUCAAAACUGCACGCUGCCUUAUUGUUAGGUCAUUUGAAAUUCGAAUAUCAUUUUUCCAUAGUUCAACACGGCCGUUAAGCAGUUUCAAUCUUAGGCUGAAAUCACUAUGUUUUAUAAUCACAAUACGUGGUUUAUCACUUUCAGUUUAACCGUAUCUCUUUGCAAAUAUGAUUUCCUUUUGAUAAUACAUUUAUCUGGACAGAAGAUAUCAGGAACAUUACUUUUGACAAAUGACAUUUAGGAAUCGGUAUUGAAAAAUCAUUUUAAUUGCUUUGAGUAAAAUAGUUCUGCAUAUGCCCAAAAUAUGUGGAGGUUGAGAAGCAGAGUUGUUUUUAUCAAAUAAUCCAGAAUAUUCAACACGUCCUGGUAUCGACCUCAUGAGUUUUUGUUUCAGAGUCGUGUGAUUAACUUAUUAAGCUAAAUGCGCUAAUCCCAAAGCUCUCACAAAGUCCAAAAUGAAUUUGGUUAAGCUAAAGAAUAUAAAUCCAUUAUAUAUCAAUAUAUUAUUAAAUCUACAGUUUGAAUGUCAAUGCAUCAAAUUCUUAUGUCGAAACUGGUGAUAUAUUUUUUUAUUUGCUUUUUCUUUUUGUAUUUUUUUUUUCUUUACUUAAGUACUGAGAAAGAAAACCAAUAUAUCUUAAUUGAAUUGUUAAUCAUAUUGUAUAAAUAGACACAUGAAACCACAUCUUCAAUGCGUAGCUUAAGUGCUACAGCUUGUAUAUUGUAAUAAUGUUGAACAUAUGAACAUAUAUUGAGUAGUUUACGAUUGUAUCUUAAUGAGUUUAUACGUUAUGUAUAUUAAAGAGUAUAAAUAUAAUCUGAAAAGUAGAUCCAUCGGAAGCACCGAGAACAAUGCAAACAGUGAAAAUUGCAGACUCGGUUUGAUUGAGUCUGUUCAUGAGCAGUAAUGGAAAAUGCAACACUGCCCACGCCCCCUAGCACCGGCUUAAGCAGUAUUCAAUCUUCAAAUUUAAAUGAGUUGAAAUCAAUGAUUCCGAAGGACCAGAAAAUAUAACAACACUAAGAUGAAGUUGGGGCGACUUUUUACGGCCGCCACACAGCACUUAACACCCGCUGUUGUGAAGUAAAUAUAAUCUGAAAAGUAGAUCCCUCGGAAGCACCGAGAACAAUGCAGAGUGAAAAUUGCAGACUUGGUUUGACUGUGUCUGUUCAUGAGCAGUAAUGGAAAAUGCAACACUGCCCACGCCCCCUAGCACCGGCAUA